AUGAACAAAGAGGAAGAUUUACUUACGUAUUUCAAAGAAGCAAGAAGCUUGAUGGCUGGAGCUGGAUUCAACUUGAGAUCAUGGAGUUCAAACAGUGCUAAAUUACUAGAAUUAGCUAAAGAAGAAAACGUCCUAGAUACGGAUAAGUAUACCAAAAUACUUGGAAUGUUGUGGAACAGUCGUAGCGACAAGAUUUUUUACCCUAAGCGUGAUAUUCCUACACCGGAACUACUUCAACAUGUAACUAAACGAGAAGUUUUGAAAUAUUCUUCAAAGAUUUAUGACCCACUAGGCUUACUUAGUCCGAUUACAAUUAGAGCGAAAAUCAUGAUACAAGAGUUAUGGAAAUGUGGAUUAGAUUGGGACGAACUUAUACCAGAUAAUUUAAAGACUACGUGGAUAGAUUUGACCAAAGAUUUGGAAAAGGCAAUACAAUUCACUAUUCCUCGAUAUUACUUUAGCAAGCCAUCAACAUCAACAGAAUUAGUACUUCAUGUAUUUACAGACGCAAGUCCAAAGGGGUACGGCGCAGCAGCUUAUUUGAGUAACGAAAACGAAACAACUUUAGUAAUGGCGAAAACCAGAGUAGCACCAGUCAAAUGCUUAACCCUCCCACAACUUGAACUUAUGGCAGCAAUCAUCGGCGCACGACUAGCUGCACAUCUUCAUUCAACACUUAAUUAUCCAAAAAUUGUAUUUUGGUCAGAUAGCAGCAUCGUUCUUCAUUGGCUAACAUCUACGAAGACUUUGAAACGUUUUAUAGCUAAUCGAGUGAGGGAAAUAACAGAAUUGACGCAUCCAUACAAAUGGCGAUAUUGCCCUACUGAUAACAACCCGGCAGAUCUUCUAACAAGAGGACUUACAAUUGAACAAUUUGACCAGAGUAUACUUUGGCGGAAAGGACCACAUUGGUUAACAGAUAGUACAAAAUGGCCGGAACUAAACAGCGCAAAAAACACUGUUUUGACGUCACUGGUAGAUGACAGAGAAAAUGAAGAGGAAUUGGACAACUUGAAUAUGACGCACCAAAAGAGUCUAGGAAGUAUAACAAACAUAUUGGAUAUUUCGAACUAUGGAUCUUACAUGAAGUUAUUAGGUAUUACCGCGUAUGUCAUCCGUUUUAUACGCAACUGUAUACGGGAUAGGAUUUCCAGAAAAAGUGGACCACUGGAGGUAAAUGAAAUUCAAACAGCAGUAAAUACUUGGAUUCUAGAUUGUCAAGAGUCUACGUAUACAGAUGAAAUGUCAUAUCUGAGAGGAGCACAACACAGAAACACAAAUAAAGUACCCAGAGUCCGACAAUUGGGACUUUUCUUAGACGAAACCGGUCUUAUUAGAUGUAACGGGAGAAUACACAACGCACCAAUACCAGAAUCAGCGAAAUUUCCGUACCUUAUACCGGCAAAUCAUCCGUUAACUAGACUAAUUGUAUUGGACGCACACGAAAAAUUACUUCAUAGUGGAAUGAAUGCUACAGUCACCAAUAUUAGACAAACGUUUUGGAUACCAACUAUUCGACAGUAUGCAAAGAAAUUACUCCGAAAAUGCGUUAUUUGCCGCAAAGUGAAUGGAAAAUCGUACGUUGCACCAGACCCACCACCUUUACCGAAAAUCAGAUUACAGGAAGCACCCCCCUUUACAGUCACAGGAGUGGACUUUACAGGAGCAUUACUUGUAAGAGACGAAAAUAGAAUUUUAACAAAAGCAUAUAUAUGCCUGUUUACCUGCGCUUCUACCAGAGCCGUUCAUCUAGAGGUGGUACCGAACCUAACCGAACAUUCGUUUGUUCAAGCUUUUAGGCGUUUCGUAAGCCGCAAAUCAAUACCCAAGACACUUGUAUCAGAUAAUGCAACUACAUUCAUUGCAGGAGCAGAGGAACUAAAAAGAUUAUGUGAAUCGGCAACACUAAAAGAAACGGUGUCUACACGAGGAAUAGAAUGGAAGUUCAUACCAAAACGCGCACCUUGGUAUGGUGGAUUCUGGGCGAGACUUAUUGCACUAACAAAGACAAGCUUGAAAAAGACACUUGGACGAACUCAAGUUAGUAUGGAAACUCUACAGACUGUCGUGACAGAAAAAGAAAGAAUUUUAAAUGACAGGCCACUUACAUAUCUUUCAUCAGAUAUCCGAGAUUGCAAGACGUUAACCCCCGCUCAUCUUUUGUAUGGUAGAAGAAUAUCAACGCUGCCAUAUCCGCAAAUAGGCAUAGAGGAAUUCAACGAUCCAACCUAUAUGAAUCACAAAGAACUCAAUAAAUGUGCACAAAGACAAACUUUAUUAAUACAACACUUCUGGACCAGAUGGAAGUCCGAGUACGUAACUUCAUUGCGCGAAUUUCACAAAACUUUAGGAAAAAACGAACAAUCUAUUCAAAUUGGAGACAUAGUUCAAAUACAUAAUGAAUCACCUAGAGUCAAUUGGAAACUAGGUAUAGUUAAUGAACUUAUCAGAGGCAAUGAUGGACAUGUACGAGCAGCACGGAUACAGACAAGCAAUGGUGAGACUUCCCGACCGAUCGUUAAACUAUUUCCGUUGGAAGUAUCGGGGACACAUUCGGAUGUUACAAGCGAUCACACUGACGAGCAACAUCAAGACACAACGCAAAGAAGUACUAGACCGAAACGAAAUGCGAGCAUCAAGGCCAGGGAGAGGAUACGAAAGUGGACAACCAAUGUAGACGAAAAUGAUGAAGAAGAUUAA